AUGGCGCGAUCGGAUGAAGCCCAGGCGUUUUUUCACGCUGUCUACUCGGCUGCUCAGCAGAUUCCUUAUGGGAAGGUGACUACUUAUGCGCAUCUUGCUUAUUUGGUUGGCACGCCCCAGAGGCCGAGACAGGUUGGCGUGUGUAUGAAGCAUUUGCCGCAUGAUGAAGAUGCUGUGUUUAAUAGCUCGAAUGUGCCUUGGCAGAGGGUGAUUAACUCCAAGGGAGCGGUAUCUCCGAGAUCACAGCCUUCAGGCGCAACAAAUCAAGCCGCUGCGCUGCGGAAAGAGGGAAUUGAAGUGACGCGGACUGCUAUGGGGGAGUUUACCAUUGAUUUGGAAGUAUACGGAUGGUUUCCAGAGGAGCUGGAGGAGGAAGAGUGA